AUGACGCCGGUGCUUGUGAUCGCAGCAUUGGGUGUAGUGUUGAGCGGCAGUUUAUGCAGGGGAAUGGAAAAUUUCAGGGUGGGAGACUCUGUUUGGUCCAUCCCGCCGUACCCUGAUUUCUACAAUGACUGGUCUUCUUCUCACUUCUUCCGAGUCGGCGAUUCUCUCGUUUUCGACUUUGAAUCGGAAUUACACAACGUGAUGGAAGUGUCAAGGCGAGACUACGAGAGCUGCACCGCCGGCAAUCCUUUCAGGGCAAUCACGGUGGGUCCGGCGACCAUCCCGUUGAUGGGAGAGCGUCUCUACUUCACUGGCGGGCUCUAG